UUAUGUUGUGGUGAAGGUUGUACCAUAGAAAUUGAUGCAGACCUAAUUUCUUGGUUUGAUUGAGAUGAUUUAGUAGUGAGUAAGGUUGGGGUUGAUUAUGAACAUUCUUUGUUUUUUAUGAACCCAGCUUGUAUGCAAUUUGAGGUGGAUUUCAAAAGGGUAAAUAGUGAUGAAAGUGUAAUGAAAAUGACAAGGCUCGGUGUUAAAUUUAGGGCAGUAGCUGUGUACAUACUUAAGGUAGAUGAUGAUGCAGAGUUGGAAAGUGACUUAACUACAAGGGUAUCAAAGUUAAGUUUCAAAAGGGCAGGUAAAAGCAACGUCAAAUAUAAGAAACAAAUUGAGGCAUGUGGUCCCCAAAACAGCUGCCUAGAUUCCUUUAAUACACAGAACCCCAAACCUUUGUCCACUUUUAUCCCAAACCCUAGACUUCAUAGUCCCCCACUUAAUUCCAUAGGCCAUCAAGAUAACCUUUUGUUAGAGGGUAAUCAAGAGUCUACGGUUGAGGAUAGUCAAGAAUCUAAGAGUCAAGCAUCUAAAGUCGGGGUUAGUGAAGUUUAUGAUGGUGAUGGGAGUGAACAGUUUGAGGAUGCACUUAGUGAAGGCUUGGAUGAGCAAGAUGUAAGUGAGUCAAGUGAUGGGGUGGGUGAUAGUGACAGUGAGGAUAAAAACUAUUGUGUAAGUGCUGAGCUAGAAGAAAGUGAACAGGAGAGUUAUACAGAUAGUGAAGGGGUGGGUGAACAUGAACAGCCUGAACAAUUGGGUGAUGCUGUAAUAGCUUUAAAUUUGAUCAGGGAUAAUGUUUCAGAUUAUGAUGAAAGUGAUGAAGAAGAGGCACAAGUUGUGAAUGAGCACACUGACUGGAAAAAAUUCACAUGGCGUGUAGGUGCUAACUUUCCAAACCCAAAUGCUUUUAAGAAUGCAGUUACACAGUACGCACUAGCACAAGGUAUGAGUUUAAAAAUAGCUGUGAGUGAUAAGAAAAGGCGGAAUAGGCUAGGUGUUGUAUGUGUUUCGGGUUGUCCUUUUAGGAUUUAUGCAUCUUGGGACAGAAAACUAGCUGAGUAUACAGUGAAUUCUGUGAAGAAUAAACAUACUUGUCAGAGAAACAUGGAGGGAAAUAGUAGACUGAAAUCUAAAUGGGUGGCUGAGCAAAAGAUUGAAGUGUUCAAGAAAAGACCACACAUCCUUUUCAAUGAGAUAAUUGACAUGGUAAAGAGCAAUUACAGUAUUAUGUGUAGCAGGGAAUUUGCAUACCAUGCCAAAUACAAUGCUCAUAAGAAGCUCUAUGGUUCAAUGAAAGACCAUUAUAAUAAGGUGAUGAAUUACUUGUGCAUUGAUGGGUGUUUCAUCAAGAUUUUCCUAGGGGGUAUGCUAUUAUUAGUUAUUGGAAGGGACCCAAAUGAACAGAUGUUUCUUGUAGCAUGGGCCGCAGUAGGGGGGAGAACAAUGAAUCUUGGGAAUGGUUUUUAUCGGAGUUGAAGAAGGGUUUACCCCCAACCAAUGGUGAAGGAUGGACUAUAAUUUCUGAUGAGCAUCAGAGCAUACUAAGGGCAGUUAAUCUAGAGUUUCCAAAAGCUGAGCACAGGCACUGUGCAAGGCAUAUAUAUGCCAAUUGGAACAAGCAAUUCAAGGGAGUCGAUGAGUUGAAGAUGUUGUUUUGGAGAUGUGCCAAGGCCUACAAUCAGCCUGACUUCUAUAAUGCCACCAAGGACAUGGACGAGGUAAGUCAUGACGCAGUAGAUGGAUUCAAAAAAGCUAAUCCAAAUGUGUUUUGUAGAGCAUAUGUGAAAUGGGAUAGCAUGUGUGAUGUAAUUGUUAGCAAUAUGGUUGAAACAUUCAACAAUUAUAUCAUGAAUGCUAGGUCAAAGCAUCUUAUAAACAUGUUAGAAGAAAUUAGGUCAUUAAUGAUGAAAAGACUUGUGACAAAGAAGGAACAGGCUGCUAAGUGGGAUGGUAUCCUUUGUCCUAAAGUGCAAGAGAUGUUAGAUAAAGAGAAAGAGGACUAAGUGUUCAGUGAUGCCUGCAUCUACUACCAAAUUCCAAGUAUCUAAUCAUUUUGAUACUUUG